GUACGUAAGGGAAGAGUUUAUUACUAAUAAGAAGAAAGAAAGAAAGAGUAGAAUAUGUUUUUUUAGUUUGUGAUGGCAUUGUCUAUAGGAAUAGGAACACUCCGUGUCUCUCCCUUACUAUGCAGAGCCGCUUCUAACGAUGGCCACAGUCCCAACCACGCCAAUAUUGCCUCGCCCUCCAUUUCUCACGCGCGCGACGCCGCUUACAUACGACGCGCCGUUGACCUCGCCGAUAUGUCCGCCGGCUUCACUUCCCCUCAUCCUAAUUUCGGCUGCGUUAUCGCUACAUCUUCCGGCACCGUUGCCGGCGAGGGAUUCCUCUACGCCCAGGGGACUAAACCUGCAGAGGUUCUCGCCGUCGAGGCUGCCGGCGAGUUUUGCCGAACGUCCACUGCUUAUCUCAAUAUGGAGCCCGGUGAUUGCCACGGCGACCAUGCCGCCGUCUCUGCUCUCAUUGAGGCAGGGAUUGCGAGGGUUGUGGUUGGGAUUAGGCAUCCUCUGCAGCAUCUCAGAGGCAAUGCUGUGCGGGCGUUGAGAGGUCAGGGAGUGCAGGUCGAUGUGCUUGGAGAGGACCUCAAAAGCAAAACCAUUGAGAAUGUUCGAAAAUCAUGCCUCCUAGUCAAUGCACCUGUGAUUUGUAGAGCAGCUUCCCGAGUUCCCUUCUCUGUUUCCAAGUUUGCAAUGACCCUUGAUGGGAAAAUUGCUACUAGUAGUGGACAUGCAUCGUGGGUAAGCAGCAAAGUCUCUAGAAGUCGAGUUUUUGAAAUGCGGGGUAGGAGUGAUGCUGUUGUUGUUGGAGGGAAUACAGUUCGGAGGGACAAUCCGAAACUGACCGCAAGACAUGGAGGUGGGCAUAUGCCCAUGCGGAUUGUAAUGUCACAGACUCUUGAUCUACCCGAGGAAGCAAAUCUUUGGGAUGUGUCAGAUGCAUCUACCAUAGUUGCAACCCAAAGGGGUGCUAGAAGAAGUUUCCAGAAAUUACUUGCUUCUAAAGGAGUUGAAGUAGUUGAGUUUGACAUCUUAAAUCCUAGAGAUGUUAUGGAAUAUUUUCAUGAUCGUGGAUAUCUUUCGGUUUUGUGGGAAUGUGGUGGAACAUUAGCUGCGUCUGCAAUUUCAGCUGGAGUAAUACACAAGGUUUUCGCAUUCGUUGCUCCUAAGAUUAUAGGUGGAAAAUACGCUCCAUCUCCUGUAGGUGAACUUGGGAUGGUUGAGAUGUCACAAGCUUUAGAUUUGAUUGAUGUUUGCUAUGAGCAGGUUGGACCAGACAUCCUUAUUAGCGGGUUUCUUCAGCCCAUACCGGAUGUAACACCUGUUAUUCCAUCAGUUGAAGAAACUUAUGCAAUUGAUCAGACCGUUACUCCAUAUGAAUCAAAAGUCAUUUUCUUUUACAAAACAUGGGACCUUUAUGGUGCUUUUUCAAAUUUUUCUCCUCAUCCAAUUCAGAUGCCUGAUGACAAUGGUGAUUAUGUCACCUGGUCGAGUGUGGAACAUUACUACCAGGCUAAGAAGUUUAUUGAGGUCGAUGAUCCUCUGGCUCAAGAUUGUGUAGCAAGGAUAAAGUCAGCUAAAAGUCCGGAGGAGGCUGCAAGAUUAGGAAGAUCAAUGCAGAGGCAGCGCCCUGAUCUGGUAAGAUCUGAUUGGGAAAGUGCCAAGAUCAAUGCUAUGUACAAGGCAGUGAAAUGUAAGUUCUCAAUUUAUCCGCAUCUGAAUUCGAUGUUGCUUUCUACUGCUGGAUCUGUUCUUGUUGAAGCUUCACCGCAUGAUCUUUUCUGGGGUGGAGGCCGAGAUGGAGAAGGAUUAAACUAUUUGGGGCGGCUUUUAAUGCAAUUAAGAUCCGAGUUUCUCGGUGAGUCCCCUGCAUCUAAUCAAAACACUUUUGUAGUUGGGUAGCAGUAGCAGCAAAGCUAGUAUUCUUGAUUCACGAGUUCUUUCUUGCAACCUUAAUAUUGUUACAACAGAGUCAGAGUUUUCAUUUGAUAUAAGAAAAUUUUAGAACCUAAUUGUGGACAUAAAGUCUUAGCCAAAGUAGCUAGAAGGGUGCAGAGGGUUCAAUAUUCUAGUCUAACUUAAAACAUGCAGAAGAAUUCAAAUGUUUGAAGUACAUUGUCACUUUUACAAGUUUUUAAUUUGAAGUACAUUGUAUAAGUGAAGAUGAACAUCUUCUUGUAACAGGCGAUUAGUGUUUGAUUUCACUGGUCUGUUGAAUGUUUGCCAUUGUAUUUCUUUGGCUUGCUCUCAAGAUUUCAACUUAUAAACAGUGAAAUAUGUUAAUCGAAAAGUUGUUA